GUAGUCCGCCAGUUGUCGUCCAGACGUCAGUUGGUGUGUUUGUGUGUUUUUUGCCUUGCCUUGGCUGUGCCAUUGUUUUUUUUUUUAACGGGAGAAAUGGUCAGUAGUUACGCUGACUGGGUGGCUAGCUAGCGCUGUCAAGGUUUUCGGGUGUAAAAUAGCAAAGUAAGACGCUGGCUAGCUUGUUGCUAUAACUGUGUUGCUGUUUAUCUUCCUUUGUGCAUGAGACGUUUAGCCGGAUACUGAAUGAGCCGUUAGACAAAACCCAGCGCUACACGACCGGGACGGUAAUGUGUGGUGAGUAAUAAUCAGCGGUGGUUUGGUGCUGAGAGGACUGAGAGAAGGUGAUGUCUGAGCAGCAGGGCGUCGUGAGAGAGCAGGAGGCAGGGGCGGACGGAGACAGGACAGGCGGAGAGACGGGCAGACCCCCUGUGGAGCCGGGGAAGCCUCACCCCUGUGCUGCCAACAGCCCAGACCUGCACAGUCCAGUGCCAGGUGGGUGCCCUUCCUCAGCAGGAGGUAGCCCUUCUCCCUCGGCUGAGGGCAGUGGCUUAUUGUCGUUGCCAUGGGAGAUGGUGACCCACAUUGCCUCGCACCUCCCUGCUCAGUGUGUCAUCACUGUGCUGCCAAAGGUGUGCCAUGCACUGGGUAACGUGGGCAAGGACAGCACAGCUUGGCAGCUUCGGGCACGCAGGCUGACAGGUUCCCGAUCGGGCUUCCCUGUGGGGCCAAGGGAGGACUUUGACUGGGCUAAUGCGUGCCUGGAGAUGGAGCAGCUGAUAACCUGCUGGGCAAGCCAAGCAGGUCUUGUGGCCAGGCAGUUGCAAGAGGAUGAGAGUGGAAGGUUGGCAGAAGAGCAGCAACAAAGGGCAGAGCAGGAUGGGCAAGCAGCUGCUGAGGGACCAGAAGAUGGUGGAGAGGGUGUUGAAGAGGGAGUGGGUGUGGCAGGGCAGGAAGUAGCUUUUGGUGCAAAUGAAGUGAUGGAGGUGGCGUUGGAGGGUGUGGAUGGUGACAUGCAGUUGAAUGUAGGUGGCGAUCCAUUGAUGGGAUUUAGGGAGGAGGUGGAAGAGAGGCUUGAGGAGGCUGCAGCAGCUAUGAUGGAAGAAAGGGACCAGAGAGCGGUGCUUGAUGCUGCGCAGGGGAGAGAAGUUGAUGGAGCUGACCACCAAGAGGAUUUGGCAGACCGGGAGCAUCUUGGUGAUGGAGGACAGGUUGAGGUGGGGCGAAGUCAACCCCCGAGAACUCCAAGCCCGCCCCCAGCGCUAGAGUGUAUCUCCCUGGCAUCAGGCCACAUUGCCCAGGUCAACUCAGUCCUCCUGGUGGGCGAUGAGGGAAAGGUUUGUGCCACAGGCUCCAGGGACUGGAACGUUAAACUGUGGGACCUGCAGGAAGGCUCCAGUGGCACGCUGCUGCACACAUUGGGUGGGCAGGGCCAGUUCAGCACCCAUAGGGGCUGGGUGUGGUGUUUGGCAUCUCGAGGCCCUCUGCUCGCCUCGGGGGGCUUCGACAGCACAGUGAGGCUGUGGGACCUGGAGGCAGGUGGGGCAGAAAGGGGGCUGAUCAGGGCCAGGGCAGCCGUCCUCUGCCUGUCCUGUCAGACAGACGUGCUGCUGGCCGGUACUUUCGACAAGAGGGUCAGCAUGUAUGACAUCAGAGCACCUGAGCCCUUGGUGAAGAGCCUUCGUCUCCAUGGCAACGCCGUAAUGUGCCUGGCUGCAGAUGACAAGUACAUCAUCUCUGGGAGUAAAGACUGCACUGUGGCCCUGUAUGACCGCAGGGCAGGCAAACCCCUGAAGAAACUACGGCGGAGCUCUUACCUGCUGUCAAUGAGCUACAGUGGCAGUGAGAUCUGGGCAGGUGACAACAGGGGCAUGCUGCACACCUUCUCCAUGCAGGCGGGGGUCUUACAGCCCCUGUCCCAGUUUGAUGUGGGCCACACCUCUCUGGUCACUGGCAUCCACAGGUCUCCUGGCAGCCUCUACACCUGCUCAUCUGAUCGUACUGUUAAGGUACAUAUCCCUUGUGCACCUCCAAGGACGCUAUGCACACUACAUCACCAAGCUGGAGUCAAUGGGUUGAGUGUGCAGGCUGGAGUGCUGGCAGUGGCAUCAGGGGAGAUGUGUGUGGAGGUGUGGCGGCCCCGAAAAUGAAUGACUGACGACAUCAGACAUCCCUUAUUUAAGUGCGAAUACUUUACCGCAGCAGAUGGGAGCAAGACUUGAGACUCAGUCGUUCAUCAGUGUGGAGUAUGGAACAUUAUCUUAUAGACCUUUGAACUCCUAGUUUGGAUUCUUACCUAUAUAGAGGUUUUUACCUCUUCAUCUGAGUGUAAUACAUCCACCAAGUUUGGUUCUUCAAAUGCUCCCCUGCUGCAAGAACGAGAGCUUCACUGGGAGUGUACUGCUGCAGGGUGAACUAAGUACAUACAGACGGGAAAACAACAUGAGUUUGAGUGGUGACACAAUGCUGAAAAAUUGUUUUCAAGGAUGCACAAAACAUGUUUGUUUUGGUUUCACUUUGAGAAGUCUUUUCAGCUCACUGCUUUUCUAUAUUGGCAAUAUAUAAUAUAUAAUAAUAAUAAUUGCGCUGUGGCACUGCCACUGUGUCAGUACACAGUAGCACUCUGGUCACAUAUUCAGCCUAUUCAGGCUGUUAUUUUCUGGUCUGUAUCAGUCUCAUUCGUUUUAGAGCAGUACACACCCAGUGAAGCUCUUGUUCUCAUGACAGGGAAGGAGUUAAUGAACCGAACUUAGUGGAUGUAUUGCACUUACGUGGACCAACACCGCUAUAUGUGUGAGAAUCCAAACUGUCACUUUAAUUUCCCGAGGGAGCUGAAUUGCAUUUUGACUCUGUGCUUAUUUGGUGAAAAGCAUAAGGGGACAGCCCAUAUGCAUACGGGGAGUGGGCUGGUUUACGUGUGGGCCAGUGGGCCAAGUCAGAAAGAUUAAAAAAAAAAAAAAUCCCUUGCUCUCUGGCUUUCCUGGCUGGUUAGAGAGAGGAAGCUGCAGUUUAUGAACACAACAAAUUACCAUGGAAUGGAAAGACACUAAAAAUGCAAGGGUGGUGCUGAAAAAUGAAAAGACAAAAAGUCCCUUGAGGCUCAUAUAGCCAAAUGCCAAUAAUUAAUUGCACUUACAAACACUAAUGCAAAAAGAGUCAGUUGUGCUAACUUCACAUAAUGUUGCUGGUGAGAUUUGAUCCAGAUGUUACUUUUAUCACCCUGUCAGGAAAAUGCCUAUUUCAUUUUAAAGAAAUGUGUUUUCAUUGAUGUCUGUGCUAUGCACUUAUUUUUGGUUGCUGUUCUGUUAUGAAACAGCAGUCCAAGCUUUGGAAGAAAACAUUUUUGAAGAAGUUUUUUCUGUUAUGAUUCUGUUUGUUUGUUUGUUUUAUUUUGUUUUAGAUUAAGACUAUAAAGUACAGAGAGUGAAAAUAGACUGUGAUGGAAAUGCUGAAUUUGUCCUUACAGGGACUCUAAUCAUGAGCAUUUGAAUCAGCAUGCACUCAAAGCUUUACAUGUUUGCCAGAUGACUGAAUCCAUUUAAAAAAAAAAAAAAAAAAAAAAAAAAAAGAC